GAGUGAAUAUAUUGGGGAUUAGGGUUUCUCUGAAUAACAACAGAACGGAAGAAACUUGAAAUUGGAGGCAAAGAGAUGGGUAGCGAAGAAGAAUCGAUUGAGCAAACCGUCGCGUCCCGUCGUGAAAGAUUGGCAGCAUUGAGAGCAGCUCAAGAAUUAUCGAAUGCUCCUGAAGCUGGAACCGAACCUGAAUCUGCAGCCGCAAAUGGCAACGAUGAUCGAGAUGAAUCACCACAAGAAGAACAAGAAAAUCUGAGCAUGAAGUUCCGCAACUAUGUUCCACAUGAUAAGCAUCUUCAGGAAGGGAAGCUUGCCCCUGCAGUGUUACCGAAGUUUGAAGACCCUGUUGCUGCUUCUGCGCCUGAGCCUCAUCCCCAGGAGGACCCUUUUCUGAAUAUUGCUCCUAAGAAACCUAACUGGGACCUGCGCCGAGAUGUGCAGAAGAAGCUUGAUAAGCUUGAGAAGCGAACUCAGAAGGCGCUCUAUCAGCUCAUGGUGGAACAAGAGAAGCAAAAGGAGUUGGCUGAGGGAGAUGAUACAAAUGGCACAUUAGAUUAGAUUGCAAAUUGUUGUAGCAACUGAGAUAUUGAAGUGAUAUGUUAAAAAUUCAUAUCCCAAUUAAUCUGCUUAACUCAAACUAAAUUGGGUUCUAACAUGCCAGUCUUUGUGACAUUGCAGUCUAUCGUGAGUGUUGUAUAAUCCACUUCUCUUUCAAUGACCUAGAAUGAGGGUACGUAUUAGACAUGAUUUAGAGGUCAAAUAUUCCUGGAUCUUGAUAGGUGUAUUAAAAUUUUGUUACAUAUAAACAUUGCUCAAGUAGCCGAGAUGUAAAGAUUUUGCUUUGCUUUGUU